UAGCUCGCGCAUGACCAUAGACAGUUUUGCUUCAACAUUGAAGGUACUGAUAUAGGUGUGCUAUUGCAUUGUACUCGAUUAUAUUAUAGUGUGAUGUGACGCUGCGUAUCCUAUAUGGAAAUUUUGUAGUCUUGCUUUAAGACGUCAAUGGCUCACCAUUAUUCGUAUUUGCAAUAGUUUUAACAUAACAAAGGAGGCAACUUUCUCUCAUUCAUUCCCUCGCACGAGAUUGUCCUGCAUUAUUUUCACAUCUUAAUUUCAUUGGCGAUGGCUGAAAAUCGAGAUGCGAUACUAGCUGACUUUCAGGCUUGCACUGGAAUCGAUGAUUUCGGAGAAGCUAUUCUAUAUCUGGAAGAAACAAACUGGGAUCUUCUGGCUGCAAUAAAUAAAGCUAUGCCCCAAGGUACGCAACAGUUACCAUCUGAAAUGACUUCAGAUAUAGAAAUGGUAGAGGAAAUUAAAAUAACACCACAUUCAUCUUCGUCAAAGCAACAAACUGCUCAAAACUCAAAAAAGAUAGGAACAAAAGCAGAUAUAGUAGAAAGCGCAAAACCUGGAACAAGUAGACCUAAAAGUUGCAUGAGAAAUAGAACACUUACAUUCCACAUUAACUAUCUUGAUAAUGUUUAUAAAAUAAAUUUGUCUGAAUUAUCUACUUUGAAAGAUCUUAAGCAAUUUAUAUGGUAUAAAACAAAUAUAGCACCUUGUCAACAACAUCUUCGUGGAUGGAAAAAGGAACCUCAAACAUCGAAUACAAUAUUGCAAACAUUAGAUCUGCCUAGAGAAAAUACAUUGUACCUGUCAUCGUUAUCACAAGAUGGUGAUUUGUCUCAUGAGACGAUAAACCUGUCAGAUCGUAUGAUUCAAACUUAUACUUUGAAUGUAAAAGAUGAAGUACAUAAUAAAACAUACAAUUUGAAAUUUCCUGGUACACGUACUAUAUUAGAAGUGAAGACAGACAUCUACUCAUUAAUAGACGUACCUGUACGAAAUCAGCAAUGGAAAGGUUGGCCUAGUUCAUUGAAGGAUGAUAAUGUAAUAUUAGCACAAAGUGGAAUUUGUUACCCAGAACAUGAUUUAUCCGUUGGAAAACUUCCUGUAAAAGAAGAAAAAAAGAAGGUUAUAGAUUUGAUUGACAGCGAUAGUUCCAUAGAUGAACCAGAGGAUGUGGAAGAAUUUGAAGAUGUUCCUGAAACGUUUACUGUCGAAGAUGAUAUUUUCAUAGAUGAUGUUAAGUCCACUAAAGUAGAGCGUCUCAUGCCAGAAAAUGUAGUUGAUGAGGUGAUGGGCACAUUACAUUUUGCGGAGCAAUUCGAAAAACGAUAUGGGCCAGCACAUCCGGAAUUUUUUGCUGGUACAUUCGAAGAUGCUCUAAAGGAAUCAUGUUUGAAACCAGCAAAAGAGAGAAAAUUAUUAGCAGUAUAUUUGCAUCACGAUAAUAGUGUACUAGCGAACGUUUUUUGUACUCAAUUAUUAGGCUUUGAAACUGUGCUUCAACUUCUCUCAGCAAAUUUCAUAGUAUGGGGUUGGGAUAUCACAUAUGAAUCUAAUAAAGAAAGAUUUCUAUAUUCUGUAACUCAAACCCUUGGUACUAUUGGCUCGUUAGCUGUGUCAAGCAUAGAUGUUGAUACCUUGCCAGUUUUAAUGAUUAUUAUGAGAUCUAGAUCUAAUACAGAGAUAUUUACUAUUGUACAUGGCAAUGUGGGAGUUAACGAGUUAUUAACGAAUUUGGUACAAGCCGUCGACAUAUUUCAAGAACAAAGACGAGCUGAUAUUGGCGUUGAAGAAGAACGGCAGGCUAGAGAAAGAGUUAAACAAGAACAAGACAGGGCAUAUCAAGAAAGUUUGGCAGCUGAUAGAGCAAAAGAAGAAGCAAAACAGAUGCAAGAAGAACUCGAGAAGAAGAAGAAAGAACAGGCUGAAAACGAAAGGUUAGCAGAAGAAGCGAGGAAAGAAGCUCACAGACAAGCUGUAGAAUCCAGUUUACCACCUGAACCGCAACAGGGAGCGGGCGAUGGUGUAAUGAAAGUAAGAGUACGGCUUCCAGCUGGGAAAUUUCUAGAACGUAAAUUUCAACCGGACACGCCAUUACAAACACUCUUUAAUUUUCUUAUUGUGGAGGGUUAUCCUACAGAGGAAUAUAAACUUCUGUCUAGUUGGCCUCGAAGGGAUGUAAGUAGAUGAUUUAACAUCGAUGGACUCAAAACUUACCUUGAUGGAAUUAAAAUUCUGCCCACAGGAGACGGUAAUUUUAGAAGAACGAUAAAUAUAUAAUACAUUAUAAUUAAAUUUAAAUAUAGAAAUUAAGUGUCGCAAAUAUUCUACAAAAAUGUAUUUAUUUAACAAUUUCGAGAUAGAAACAGCAAAUUAUAGAAUCUUGUUUAUCUUGCAAAUAUGUAUUGCAUUUUUACGCUGAACUUUUCCCGAACAAUGGAGUCAUAUAUAACAAAUGUAAUGUUAUUUCAUAAAAAAAAAGAAAGUUUUCCAUACAUACAUAUAUUAUAUACUUUAAAUUCCCAAGAAUAAAUCGGAUUCUGAUCAAUUUUAAA